AAAUUUCAACUUUUGAUAUUUGGCAUAAAUUCAUCUAUUAUGAAAGUAACAAAUGUAAUCGUUGUACACAUUUAUUGAAGAACUGGCAUCUGAAAUGAUUGCAACUUUACUAGCAACUGUUUUGAUUCCUCUAAGCACUCUUUGCGAGCAGCUUAACUCUAGGUCCCAGUCAAAAAUACCAAAUGAACUUUCGUCACCUUUGACCUCUCUCAUUCUUGGGGGUCAUUUGAGUCCGAGGCGGAGCUUUUAUGUGAAGAUAGAAACAUGGCGGAGUAAGACAUACACUGAGGCGUGUGGGGGGACCAUAGUACAUAGUCAGUGGGUCGUCACUGCUGCACAUUGUGUGUAUGGGGCAGAAAAUGAGCACAUCCAAGUCUUCAUCGGCGACUUCACAAAACCGGUCCCUGUUUCCACUUGGAGAAAUGUGUCAGUUAUUUAUUGGUACGAUGAAUAUGACGACUCGAGUCUAGCCAAUGAUAUUGCCAUGCUGAAGAUCUUGAAUCACGUAUUCCCUGAACAUGCAAUUUUACCACCUUGCAAGGAGUAUGAGCCGGCCUACUGUUCGAUUCUGGCUGUCUGUGGCACUGGUCGAAGUACCAGACGACAUCAUUACUUGUCGCUGGUGCUGAAGGAGUUGUAUCUGUUACAAGAGAUCCCCAAUGGUCGUGAACGUGACUCUUGGUCGGAUCUUAUCUGCACUAGGAGGUUGCCUGGCUACCAGCAUGGACGCACUUUCGGAGGGGAUAGCGGGGGUCCUCUCUACACGUUCAACGAGUCAGUUUCCGAUCAGCCCAGAUGUCUCUACGGAGUAGCCAGUAAUAACCCUCUCUGGCGGAGUUGGUUUGAUCUGGUUAUUCUCGAAAGAGACAUGAGCUGCUUUGCUAGUGCUGUUUACUUUCACGAUUGGAUAUACGAGGUCAUAGAUGUUUUCAAAGAAUGGUAGCAUUUCUUAAUUAUUAAAGCUAUGGCCUUGAUUGUCUAAAUGCUGUAAUAAACCUAAUUUUCAUUUGGAUCUUAAGCCUAAGCGUUUAGUUGUGGUGAGAACAGUUUCAUGGGAAUGCAAAUUUUUUCC